CUAGAACUGAAUAAUUCCACGUGGGAACGCGAGUGGGAUUUCUAAUUACAUCCUGGGAAAGCGAGGUUUUCCACAAUGCCUGUCAACUGUAGUAGCUGUGAAGAACGGCGCGCAGUUCUACGGAGGCCGAAGACUGGUCAUUCCUUGUGCAAGGACUGUUUUUUUCAUGCAUUUGAGGAGGAAAUUCACCACACCAUUGUAUCUGCAAAACUUUUCAAUCCUGGUGAGAAGGUUGGCAUUGGAGCCUCAGGUGGAAAGGACUCAACUGUGCUUGCCCAUGUCCUGAAGGUGCUAAAUGAGCGUUAUGCUUAUGGGCUGGAUUUAAUUCUGGUAUCUGUGGAUGAAGGUAUUUCAGGGUAUCGAGAUGAUUCUCUAGAGACAGUGAAGAGAAAUCAGCAACAGUAUGAAUUGCCUCUUAAAAUUGUCUCCUACCAGGAGCUUUAUGGCUGGACAAUGGAUCAGAUCGUAAAGCAGGUUGGCCUAAAGAAUAAUUGCACCUUUUGUGGUGUCUUCCGUAGGCAGGCGCUAGAUCGUGGUGCCAUGAUGCUGGGAGUUAACAAAAUCUGCACAGGGCACAAUGCUGACGACAUAGCAGAGACUGUGUUGAUGAAUUUCCUGAGAGGAGACAUUGCACGACUGAGGCGUUGCACUUCUAUCACCACAGGCAGUGAGGGUGCCAUACCAAGAUGCAAGCCUUUAAAAUAUGCUUAUGAGAAGGAGAUUGUGCUGUACGCUUACUUCAAGAAAUUGGACUACUUUUCAACAGAGUGUAUUUACUCUCCUAAUGCUUACCGAGGCCAUGCCCGAGCCUUUCUUAAAGACCUGGAGGCCAUUAGGCCAAGCUCCAUCAUGGACAUUAUUCACUCUGGGGAGAAUUUAUCUGUAAAGGAGGAUGUUAGGAUGCCUGUGCAAGGGACUUGUACUCGCUGUGGCUAUAUAUCUAGUCAGAGCUUAUGCAAGGCAUGUGUGCUGUUGGAGGGCCUGAACCGUGGCCUACCUAAGCUUGGUAUAGGCAAACACCAUAAACUUCACCACAAACUGCUAUCACAGGAACCCCUGAGUGAGCAGGAAGAAAGGAAGCUAAAGGCAGUAGAUUUUUGAAUAUUCAACAAACAAGAUACAUUGUAACAAAUUCAGACAUUUGUUCUAUAUUUUUAACAUAAAAUCCAUUAUUUAAAACGCACAUUAAAGGAACAGUAACAUAAAAAAUUAAAGUGUUUUAAAGUAAUUAAAAUAUAAUGUGCUGUUGCUCUGCAAAAAACUGGUGUUUUGCUACAGAAAAGCUACACAGCAGCUUACUUAUAUAAACUAUAGUAGUCUUUCUGAGGCUAACACACCAGUUGUAGCAAUGCAGGGCAACAUUACAUUAUAUUGUAAUUACUUUUAUACACAUUCAUUUUUUGGUGUUACUGUCCCUUUAACUUAAUUUUAAAGUCUUACAUACGAGUUUUGUUUUAUAGAUAGAUAACAGGUGAAAAGCUCUUUAUUACUUUGCAUGGUCCUGGAACUUUUUAGUGACCUUUCCCCAAGGAUAAUAGUUCCUGUGAUUAUUCAACAGAGCUUGAUAUCUGUAGGAGUACAUGGAAGGCUUUGAAUCAAGUGGGAAGAAAUUAAUUUGGUGUGUGGCCAGUGAAAGUGUUUUUAGGUUGUGAAAAGAAUUCCAUAUGAAAACUGGUCAUACUCAGGACCCGAAUAAAAGUUAGCAGACAUAUGUUUUAUCACUAAUGCUUUUCAGGAAAGGUAAUAAAACAACCAUGUAUUA